AUGCAUUUUCUAGUGGUUGCUGACUAUUAUUCGAGGUAUCCGGAAGUUAAACAGCUCACAGGAACAAAAUCAACGGAUAUUGUACUAGCACUGAAGGGUAUUUUCUCACGAUUUGGGAUUCCCAAUGUACUGGUCACAGAUAAUGGACCACAGUUUGUGAGUGAGGACUCUAAGAACUUCAGCAGGACUUAUCAGUUUAUGCAUGUAACGUCAUCUCCUAGACAUCCACAAGGAAAUGGACUAGCCGAAAAGACUGUGGGGACUGUCAAAGCCCUGAUUAAGAAGGCUUGGCACGCAGGGAAAGAUCCACACUUGGGAUUGUUAGCAUAUAGAGCUACAGAACAUGAAGCCACUGGAGUGUCUCCUGGUCAAUUGUUAAUGGGGAGGAAGUUGCGGACAACCAUGCCAACUAUUGCUAGUCAAUUGAUUCCACAGUUGGUGAAUAUGUCUUCAGUGAGAGAGAAAGACAGGGGUAGGAAAGCAAAGCAGGCAGCAGAAUAUAACAGAAGACACGGAGUGCGAUCCUUACCAGACUUGGAACCAGGAACUCGGGUGUUGGUUCAUGACCAAAUAGGUGGAGAGUGGAAUGUACCUGCGACAGUGGAUAGAGAGAUACAGCCAAGAUCAUACCGUGUAGUGACUGAAUCAGGGGGUACUCUAAGACGCAAUCGUCAUGAUCUUCGACUAAACCCUGAAAUGGUGGAAGGGCAGAGAGAUCAUCAAGAGACUAAUAGUAACCAUCAACAGGCAGUGGAAGGGCAGAGAGAUCAUCAAGAGACUAAUAGUAGCCAUCAACAGGCACUGGAAGAAGCUGCACAGCAAACCCCAGUCAGGUCUGAAGAACAUAUAGAAACCCGAACACGAUAUGGACGAUUAGUGAAAACCCCACAGUGGAGGAAGGACUAUGUUUGA